CUACUAGAAAGAGACAAGCUUCCAUUUUUCUCUGAGCAUCAAUGGUCGUGUAAUACAAAGGAGAUACGAUGAUAUCACAAUUCCACAAGGUCAUGUGUCUUUAUUUAAUCUCGGAGUGGCUUUUGAGGGAGAAGACUGGAGGUGGCUUCAAAGAUUCAUGGAAUUGGAUUGGAAUGAUGUGGAGAUAAAAGUCAUUGGUUUAACGCCAGAUAUACCUGUGGUUAAGUGUGGAGUUUAUGUGUGCAAACAGCAAACAAACAUGGAGAAUAUCCAAUUCAAGUCUCCUAUGCUUUUCAUGAAUGCUUCAACAACUCCACUGAAACGAAGAGCCAUAGCUUCUCCCAAUGAACCACCCAAGAAAGUCCUGAGAAAGCUCAAGACUACUGAUAAAGGAAAGAUCAAUAACAUAAAGAAAGGUUCAAGGAGAAAUAAACGACACCAAUUGUUUCAUUCCCGCUGCAAGAGAUGGAUGGUUUUUCCAAUGGCUAAGCAUGUUUGGAGAUUUUUGAGCUACUAGCAAUUGAAUAUUACAGUUGAUAGUCCAUUUUUAGAUGAGAUGACACCUCUGGCCUGUUACGGAUUGUCUGGGCAACUGGCAUGAUCCCAGCUGCAAACUUAAUGGCUUAAUUUGCAAGAGAUUGAAAACUACAUAUGUACAAUAAUCGUGCUAUGAGAAUUUUUUUCCCGUUUGUUACAAUUGGUGUGAAGGAGGGAAAUUCUUGUGGCCUUGGCAUUUGAGUUGGGAAAAGCCAACAUGAGUGAUAGAUACUCCUUUGAAAUUUGUAUCAGUACUAUGGAGUUACGAGGGUGCUGUGAUAGCACAAGGUCAUGUGUGUUUAUUCAGUAUUGUAAAGUCUUCUGAGGAAGAAGAGCUCAAGUGAGAUAAAGAAAAGAGGCAAAAUGAAUUGGGGUCU